CGGCUCCUCCAGUGGAGGGCUGGUGUUCUGCGCAUGCGCACUGCUGUCACCUCACCUCGUCUGGUGGAUCUCUCGGCUCUCAGUGCGGGUCCUGUAGGUGAUGGGGGACAGAUGAAGCCUGUGUUGUUCGGGCUGAACCCCUGACUGUGGACAGAGCCGAUCUCGAAUGAUGCAGAGUGAAGAGCGCAAGAGAAAGAAACCCAGUUUGAUCCCCAGAAGCGUGUCAGAUGAGUACAGUCUGCGUGAGCGACCGAAAGAAGAAACCACAAAGAUGAAGAAUAAAGUCUCUACUUCACAAACGGUCAGCGGUAAGAAGAAGCCGUGGUCGUGGGAUCAGUAUCUGGAGGACGAUGGAUCUCCGGCCGCUCCUCUGCAGCUCUUCACUGAGUUCCAGGUGUUUCCCGACAGCAGGAAUGGUUUCAAGGUGGGGAUGAGGCUGGAGGGCAUCGAGCCGCUGCAUCCGUCCAUGUUCUGUGUGCUGUCUGUGGCCGAGGUGAUCGGCUUCCGUCUGCGGCUCCACAUCGAUGGUUACUCCGAGUGCUAUGACUUCUGGGUAAACGCUGACUCUCCAGACAUCAAACCGGCAGGAUGGAGCGAGGCGACGGGACACACACUCCAUCCACCCAAAGGUUACAAACUGAACGAGUUUAACUGGGAGAAAUAUCUGGAGGCCUGUAACGCUCAAGCGGCGCCGGAGAACCUCUUCAGAUCCAGCGGGUCGAGCGCCUCGCUGUUUGAGGUGGGCAUGAAGCUGGAGGCCGUGGACCGUAAGAACCCGUGUCUGGUGUGUGUGGCCAGCAUCGCCGACAUCGUGGACCAGCGCUUCCUAGUGCACUUCGACAACUGGGACGACACCUACGACUACUGGUGUGACGCCAGCAGUCCCUACAUUCACCCGGUGGGCUGGUGUCAGGACCACGGCCGGCCGCUCACAGCUCCUCAGGGACACCCGAACCCUGAGCACUUCGUCUGGGAGGAAUACAUGGAGGACACCGGUGCUUCUGCGGCACCCAGUCAAGCCUUCAGGGAGAGAUCUCCACACGGCUUCCAGACGCACAUGAAGCUGGAGGCGGUGGACAGAAGGAACCCAAUGCUGAUCCGUGUGGCCACCAUCACCGACACCGAAGACCACAGAGUCAAAGUGCAUUUCGACGGCUGGCAUGAGAAGUUUGAUUUCUGGGUGGAUUCAGACCAUCCUGAUCUUCACCCUGUGGGCUGGUGCUCCAGGACGGGUCACCCGCUCGAACCGCCACCGCUCGCUCACUCAGGGCUGUCAGAUGUGAAGAGCUCUGUGACGCAGGGUGUGUGUCCGACCCCGGGCUGCAGGGGCAUCGGUCACAUCAAAGGAGCAAAAUACACCGGACACCACAGUGCCUUCGGUUGCCCGUAUUCUGACAUGAACAUGAAGAAGGAGGUGGUGCUUCCCGACCGGCUCGGAGCAGAGAAGCAGAUCUCCUUCAUCCCUGUGACCAAACGCCAGUGUCCAGACGAGCAGGAGGAAGAGGAGGAGGAGGAGGAGGACGACAGGGUGAUGACGGCGGUGUGUGACGCUGCUCCUCGUCUGCGCGGUCGACCUGCGAUGAUGAAGAAAGACGAGCCUCUGUCGCUCCUCGGGAAGAGACCUCGUGUUCCCAGCAGACUCUCUGAGUCGAAGUAUCUGUGUGUGAAGGAAGAGGAGGACGACAUCGAUGUGAACAGUGUUAUUUCUGAGCGUCCCGUGGACAGUCUCCAGCAGGCGCUGCAUCAGUCCGUCUUCCUCUCAGCGAUGUCUGCUCACCCGAGCCGUGAUCUGCCGCUGUGUUGGGAGCAGCACUGUAAGCUUCUGCCCGGUGUGUCCGGCGUCCAGGCCAGUCGUGUGUCUCACUGGACCGCUGAGGAGGUGGCUGAUUUCAUCCAUUCUUUACCCGGCUGUGAGGAGCAGUCCAAGCAGUUCAGAGAGGAGCAAAUCGACGGCAAGGCCUUUCUUCUGUUGACUCAGCGAGACAUCGUUAAGAUAAUGAGUGUGAAGCUUGGCCCGGCGCUCAAGAUCUACAACUCCAUCCUGAUGUUCAGACACGCCGAGGAGAAGAAGCAGCCGCCGGCGGGAGACACAUGAAGCACAGAUCAGUCUUCUGGAUCAUGCAUUCCUCCGUCAGCGCUCAUCACCCCGCAGCCUCGUCUCGUCAGGUUCCUCUUCUGCCUUUAAACCUGCUCCUCUCCUUCUCAAACUCAACCACGCGACAAUCAAACACCGGCUCCGGCGUCUACCAGGGGUUUCUCUCACUCACGGUGCUAUUUAUACUCAAACACACACAGGUGAACAGCGACUACAGGAUUAGCUCUUGAGUGUGUGUGUGUGUGUGUGUGUGUGUGUGUGUGUGAGAGUGGGUGUGUGUGAGUGUGAGAGAGAGAGAGUGAGUGUGUGAGAGAGUAUGAGAGUGUGAGAGAGAGUGUGUGUGUGUGAGACUCUAAAUGAACAGUUCAUCCACUACUGAACAUUCUGUCAUCAUGUACUCACGUGACCAAUCCCCGGUGACUCUCACAAAACAACACGCAGCUGUGUUCAUGGAAGUGAGUCGUGUAAUCAUCUGUACAGCUUUGAAUAAGGGCUGAAAAUAUUCGGUUUCUCUCCAAUCAAGGGCAACGAUUAAUCACGAUUAAUCACAUUGUUUAUAUAUUUGUGUGUGCUGUGUAUAUUUAUAUUAGGGGUGUAACGAUACGCGUAUUCGUAUUGAACCGUUCGGUACGACGCUUUCGGUUCGGUACGCGGUACGCAUUAUGUAUACCGAACGGUUCGUUGGAGUAUUUAAUUAUAUUUGAAAAAAAAAAAAAAAAAGAGAGAGAGAAAUAUAAUGAUAUGCGUUCAACAAGGUAGCCCAAUAACCCAAACAACGUAACAGGCAACGCCCCUGACACUCCCGAAGAAGAAAAAAACACCAUCUUAUAUGUUUAUGUUAGGCUACUCAGCAGGCGCUCGCUCACUCAGUACACGCUGAAGGCUCGUUGCAAAAUAGCCAAUGCGUUUAACAGACUAGAAAUGAGAAGAUCCUCCAAUAACCAACAGGUCUGGUGUUUGGGUGCACUUUGGAUUCCCUUUAAGCUAUAAUGGUGAUGGCAAGAGAGUGGUGGAUAAAAAAACAACGGUAUGUCGCAUCUGCAACAUGACAGGGUACACUUAUAUUUCUGGUCUGUUAAAUGCAUUCGACAUUUUGCAACGAGCCUUCAGCGCGUGCUGAGUGAGCGAGCGCCUUAGGGGCCGUUCACAUAUCGUGCCUAAAAACGCAUGGAAAACGCUAAGCGCGUCUUUCUCCUCCUUUCCAAAGCGCUCGGGCAGAAGCGCUCAUGAGGCGUCUGUCUUUGCUAAGCAACAAUGACGUGCUCUCUCCAUGAGACGCGGAAAUUUCAGCGAAGGAUAAAUGGAUUUGCAGCUCUAAAAAUCGCUUGCAGUAGCUCUGCUACUAAAUUUAUUUCAAAAUUGCAAUCCAUAUACAACUAUGAUCAGCUGAUCCUUCAUCUUGGCUGAGCUCUCAACGUUGUUACGGGAAAGGAUGAAGCUGAUUGGUUGGUUCUUGUCACAUGACCCGCGGUGCGCUUGCGGCAUUCUGAAAAGUUGAGAUGUUUUUACAUUUUGCUGUAUCUAAAACGUAUCGAACCGAACCGAACCGAACCGUGACAUCAGUGUAUCGUAUCGAACCGAACCGUGAAUUUUGUGAACCGUUACACCCCUAAUUUAUAUAUAUAUAUAUAUAUAUAUAUAUAAACACACAUGCAUUCAUAUAUUGGAGAAAAAUUUUGUUUAUAUAUUAAAUAUAUUUGUUAUAUAUAAAUUAGUGCUGUCAAACGAUUAAUCGUGAUUAACUGCAUCCAAAGAAAAGUUUUUGUUUACAUGCUAUAUGUAUGUAUACCAUGUUCAUUUAUUAUGUAUAUAUAAAUAAAUACACAUAGAGUAUACAUUUUGAAAAUAUUUACAUAUAUUCAUAUUAUUGUAUUUUAUAUUAUAUAUGAAAGUUUAAUAAACAGCAUAUUUCUCUGAUUUAUAUAUACAGAAUAUAAAUAUACACAGCACACACAGAUAUUUUAACAAAAACUUUUAUUUUGGAUGCAAUUAAUCGUUUGCAAGAACUUAUUUAAAUGAUAUGAAUAUAAAUAUAUGUAAUUGCAUGUAAAUAUUUUUAAUAUAUAUACUAUAUAUUUGUGUGUAUUUAUAUAUACAUAAUAAAUAUACACAGCACAGCACACAUAUAUUGUGUAAACACUUUUAUUUAGGAUGCGAUUAAUCGGCUUGAGUUCUGUUGAUAUCAUUGAGGUUCAGAGAAACGUUUUUAUGGUGCUCUUUGUGUGAUUUUGGAAACAGAAGAUGUUGUUUUGAAAGAAAGUGAUUGGGGUUUGAGUAAAUGAUGAGAGGAUGAUCGUUAGUGUCUGAACUCUUCUGUGAUACUCAGAGAUUUCUGCCCGUUCUGUUACUUCCUCUAAUUUAGUUUUAUUUUGCACAGCUCUGUUUGAUUUUACUGAACCUGCUGAAUCACCUUUUAUUUAUUGUGCAAGAUCAGCGUAGGUUUGCACAGGGAAGGAUAAUAAUAAUAUAUUGAAAUGCCAAAAGGAUUUGUUUUAAAUUGAAGAGUGUUAUUUUUGUGAUGUAUUGCGCAGAGAAUUCGACCAAUCCCUGUUUAUUAUUCUUGAAAUAUACUUUAUUAUUCUGAAUUCUGGUUUCACAUCAGGGGAUUUUCUGACGAUUAUUUAAAGACUUGCUAUAAUGCACAAAGCAAACGAGAUCUAUAUAUCUAUAUAUUUGCUAUGAAUUUUGACACUGGUGUGAUUUCAAUGCAGAAUCCAUCUCAUGUUUAUUUAAUUUAGCCAGACGUCAGGAAUGUGUUUUAGUUUUUGUCCCUUCAGUUUCCCAGCACAGAAUUAACCCUUUCAUUGCAUUGCUGUAUUAGUUCAGUCCUUUCACUCUGAUAUGAUGAUUGAUUUAUUGAUCAUAUGCUUUGUACAUAUUUAUAAAGCUCUUUCUUAAACUCACUCACACUUUGUAAAACUGAUUUCAUUCAGUCACAUCAGCACCCUAAUAAACCGAGCGAAUCUC